AUGCUGCACCUGAAAGUCCAGUUUCUGGAUGACUCCCAGAAGAUCUUUGUAGUUGAUCAAAAAUCCUGCGGAAAAGGGCUGUUCAACCUCACCUGCAGCCACCUCAACCUUGCGGAGAAGGAGUACUUCGGGCUGGAGUUUCGCAGCCAGGCUGGGAACCACGUCUGGUUGGAACCACUAAAACCCAUAACAAAGCAAGUCAAAAAUCCUAAGGAGGUUCUUUUCAAAUUUAUGGUGAAAUUUUUCCCAGUGGACCCUGGCCAUCUGAGAGAAGAGCUGACCAGGUACCUCUUCACCCUCCAGAUCAAGAAGGACCUGGCACUGGGGCAGCUGCCCUGCAGCGACAAGAGCGCAGCGCUGCUCGUCUCCCACCUGCUGCAGUGUAAGGGCAGGAAGCUGGAGAUGUACGGGAUUCGCCCGCCCCCGGCCAGCGACGGCGAGGGGACGCAGAUCAACCUGGCCGUGACACACAUGGGGGUGCUGGUCCUGCGGGGCAAUACAAAGAUCAACACGUUCAACUGGUCCAAAAUUCGCAAACUGAGCUUCAAGAGGAAGCAUUUUCUCAUCAAGCUCCACGCAAACAUCUCCGCGCUGUGCAAGGACACGCUGGAGUUCACUAUGGCGAGCCGGGAUGCCUGCAAGGCUUUCUGGAAGACGUGUGUGGAGUACCAUGCCUUCUUCAGGCUGUCUGAAGAGCCCAAGUCGAAGCCCAAAGCCCUUCUGUGCAGCAAGGGCUCCAGCUUCCGCUACAGCGGGAGGACGCAGCGGCAGCUGCUGGAGCAUGGGAGGAAGGCGAAGAUGAAGAGCCUGCCCUUCGAGAGCUGCUUCCUUGGCUCCCUCUGA